AUGGCUGGCAAUUAUUCUACACGUCCUUCGGGUCGUUCCGGAGAUUAUCAUGACCCCAUUCCCGAUAGACGCCAAUCCUCAUAUUCCUUACCUAGACGGCGGCGGAGCGCAUAUGAAUGGGAUUCCGAUGAUAGUUACACAUAUGAAGCUAGACCUCGUACGGCGCGAUAUUACUCUAGCCCACCACCGUCUGUGCGCCCAGGAACUACGAGACCAACUAGUAGAAACACUUAUUAUGAUUCGAAUGACAGUGAGGACGACUACAAAAGCGUUGUUGAAUCCACAACUCUCACCGAAGAAGAUUCCGGGUUAACCUUCGAGGAAGUCGAGAGUGAGGGGUUGUCAAAGACCUUCAUAGUCCCCAAAUCUCCGCAAGCCACAUCUCUACCACUAAAUUUUCAUGCAAGCACAGCACAUCCAGAAUGGAGCCAGCAUGAAUUUACUUUUGAUGACGGAUCUGUCUCCAGACUGUUUUCAAUACACGCAUCGGAAUAUAGUUUAAAUAAGGAUGGGUGGCAAAAGAUUCGACUGAUGUGUCCUGAUCGACCUCCCCCGGCAGAACCAUGUUCAUCGGGGGUGCAAUUUAGAUGGCUGCAUAUACAAAGGCAACUCUUACGACUUGAUGAUUUAAACAAAUUAGUUAUAAAUUCACCAUACAUCUCCAACGAACUCAGAGUAGUUGCAUUAAAUGUUUUAGGUGAGGUCAAGAGUAGAGCAUCUCGUAAACUAGUUGGAGGGCCCUAUGUUGAAUCUGGUUCAAUAUUACGGGGCACCAGCAGUUAUGAUGCCGACAAGGAUUCGCAGAACCAGCCUGUCAUGUUUAUUUCAAGUCCUUACCUUUUACUCAGCCAAAAACCAUCUUUUACAGAUGUCGACAAAGGACAGCGCAUGUUUAGCCUUCUUGAAAGCUUAUAUGGAUACGAUGUUGAGAGUGACAGACAGGAUAAUGGGCUCAUGAAGAGGAUGGGCUUGGAUCCAUCAAAAGGCACACCGCACGUUCCACAGCUAUGGUGUCUCUUGGUAGGAAAUGAUGUUCUAAUCACCUUGUCUGAGCUACCGGUGCAAGAAUUGACGAAAGGCCUCAUUGAAAUCGACCAGAGGAUAUCUAGUCUACGAAGACCUCUCACCGUGCGAGUGUUAGACCAAUACAGGCGACCCCACAGUGUUGUAAUUGACGCGGACUGUACUUAUGUGGACUUUUUAAGGCACACCUUCGCUUUAGCUAAAGAGGGCACGGGAACCUGUGUGACAGAUUAUGAAUUACUUGAUGAGGAUCGUGAUCUAGUAACUCCACAAGAAUGGCUCACAUUAAUCCAACAAGGAAAGCUUCAAGAUACAAUAUUUUAUAUCGUGCCGAGGUUCCAACUACAGCAACAGCAGCAAAUGCGUGAAAGUCGGAGUCGGUCGCGAUCACGAUCACAGCUAAGAGCCCCGCAACGGGAAAUGCUCUACGACGACCACUUGGCAAUUAUUAGAGGCAGAAGACCACUUGUGACUAGGAGAUCCAGAUCUAGAUCCAGGGUAGUCAUGAAUGAAGUAAUUCGACGUCCGGUCGCUUCUAGCCGUGAGUGGAUUACAGAAGAUAGAACGAUGUCGCCUGAGCCUAGGCCAGGUUAUGAUCCCGAAAAAUGGGCUCUUGUUAGAUACCAGCAAAAUUCUUCGAGGGACAACUCUGAGAAUCCGGGUGAAUUAGCAAAGGAGAAUAAUACUGGAAGAAAGUUAAUUACCUGGAAAGAUGAAGUAGGUGAUGAAAGGGACAAUAAUGAUGAGGAAGAGUCAAAGAAGUGGCCCACCCGAAUGGAAUCCACUUCUCAACACAGGCCGUAUGCAGAUGAAGACAUGCAAGUCGUUUUGCGAAGACCCACCGAAUAUAUGAGCAGAACUUCUAGUGGAAUGAGCGACGGUUUAGUGUAUAGACGAAGGGACUCUGGACAUUCGCGGUCACGACAACGACCACGACCACGCCGAGGCUUUUCCUAUGAAGACAUUUCCCCUCCGCGAGGAAAGGUACCCCACAUGCUUGACUCACGUAGGGUAGCUAGAUCUAACGACGCAAGAGCGCAACGAAGGUAUUCACAAAAUGGUCGGUACAUAUCUCGGGAACAACGCAUACGGUCCCCUACGCGGGAGCCCAACAUCAUUAUAAACGAUGCUGCGUACGACUCUAUAAAGCCGAAUAUAUUCAGCCUUGGGGAUUUGCCAGAUGAUAGACAGAAUCAGAGAUCCUCUCCAGUCUCUUCAGAUACAGAAUCUGAUUACAAAGAGUCUGAGAUGCCGCGUGCUAUGCCAUCCAGCAAGUACGAUAUAGGCGUUGGCCGAGGGCGGAGAUCGUCGACACAUUCUCAAAGGCAAGGAUGGUAUAAAGCCUCAGAUGGAGUAUGGAGACAAGGGGAUUCUCCAAGAAGUUACUCUGAGUCGUCAGAUGCAGGAUCUUCAGACACGGACACGACAAGUAGAGUUUCUCCUGAAAGGUAUCCAAAGAAGGGCAAGACGAAAAUACCUGCGAAGCUUGUCUCUAUUCGGGCGAUAAUUGACCUUGGCUACCCAUUUGUCCAUGAAGGUGAUAUGAUUGUGCUACAGAGAGCUCUAGAUCAUCGAUUGAUUGAUGAACUAAUAAAACUAAGCGAAGAAUAUAAAACUGCGGAAAGUAAGAGAGAUGAAUCAACCGUACGCUUUGAGCAUCCCUGGUCCGAGUCAUCCCAAUCAAGAAGCAGGUCUAGGGGUUCUGUUACCCGAACCCCUGAGUCUGGUGCAAUGCCCAAAAUCAGACUUUUGCCAUUCUUUUACUGGAAAAUGAGACCAGAAAACGAUAGCGAUAUAGCUACUAAUUCCGAUGUUAUUCUCGUUGAGAUGUUAGCUAAAUCUGAUCAGCAGCUCCGUUCGGACAAGCUUUAUAAUAAGAUAUAUGCUUGCACUCUAGAUGAUCUUCUACACAGGCAUAAUGAUUUCAUCAAGGUAACGAUACCACCCUCCGAGCCAAGUACACAGGAUCGAAAACCAUCAGUUGUCGAUAUGCAGGAAAAGGGAAAAGAUAGACAGGCACCCAUGGGACCUGAUUCAAAUUCAGAAAAAAAUAUACAUGCCAACAAAACAUCAGACGACAAAGUACCAGAUACUCGAGCGACACUACCAAUCAACCCAACAGCAAAAGAACCAAGGAAUAUUCAAGACGAGGAAAAAGAGUCUGUUCGAUUAUUAGCAACCGGUGAAGCCGCUAUGAACAGUCUCCUAGAACUAUCUCAAGAACUUCUUGGAACGUUUCUUCCAAAAGAAGGUAGUGCGCCUUUUCAACGAGUGUGCAAACGGUUCUGGGGCUCAUUAGACGAGAUGUUCCGACAUAUAAUAUGGUCACUAGGGAAUGGGUCAGACCAAGCACAUUGGGUGAUACAUAACUUCACCCCUAACUCUACGCUUUCCAAGGCGCUACCCAGGGCCCCAACCAACAAGAAGACAUUCGCAGACUGCGAGGAUUGUAAAAUGAGAAAGACUUAUGAUUCGCAUGCAGAGGCUCUUGAUCAUCUACAUUCCGAGCAUCUGAGUUGUACGAGCGCUGGAAAAAGCAAAAAACCAUAUGAUGACCCUUGUUUCGUCUGGUUGAGGCGAUCCGAUGAUUCUGAAGUUGACCAGGCGCAGAGCAAGAACAUCAUUAAUGCAGUUCAUCAGUUCAUUGAGCUUUUAACGAAUGUCAAAGAUCUAGCGAUGGAACUUCACUAUCUUGUCGCUACUACAUCUCAUCAAAGCAGCGAGUCUAAGUUUAGACCGUUUCUUCCUAGUGGCAUCUUCUACGCUUUCCAACAAAUUUUAUCCAUGUACUUCCUCACCUCAAAGCAACUUUCGUUCAUAAACGGGCUAGAUUCGCUUCAAUCUAGCUUCGAGAAGCGCCAAACAGGACCUUACUGGCGCAAGAUCAGGUCAUUAGAGUCUGAUGCACAAGCUGCUUUUGUCAGUGCCUGUGAGCUUCUUGAAAAUUCAAAGGAGGAUAUUAUACUCUCGGGGAUCGCUACGCAGAGCCCGGAUACUCUUGGCAUAGAAUCUGUUGGCCCUCAUUUUCUUGCCGCCUCACUAGCAGUCAACAUCCAAAAUAGACCGCUACUUCCAGAUACCGAUACAGAUGUGCUUCAAGUAUAUCACGAAUACACAUCAAAACUUCGGUACCAAACAUAUCGUCGACCAAGGAGACGCGUUUUUCUAGACAUUCAUAGACUACAAGAAGACCUAGAGGCACUGCAUAAUGUUGUCUUAUCGCAAAUACAGGUACUCGACAAUUACAAAAGGCUUCUUUCUCCGACCUCAUUUCGUGUAACAGAUACCUCCCGCGAGGGGCUGUUCCGAAUUGAAUCGCGCUACAUUGAUUCACAUAUGGAUAAACUUCAAGAUCAGAACGAGGAGAUUAGGGUUCAACGUGAGAGGAUGAAAUUUCUCAAGGAGCAGGUGAAGCAAACCAUUGAAAUACUCGAGGAGAACCACGGGAAGGCCAUUCGGGUGUUCACCAUUGUCACCGUCUUCUUCUUACCCCUAUCCUUCGUUUCGAGUUUCUUUGGGAUGAACACGACCGACAUCAGGGAUACAGAAUACGACCAACGAUUCUUCUGGACCGUCGCACUCCCGGUCACAUUUGUCGUGCUUGCACUCGCGUUCUUCUACGGCUAUAAGGGUGACACGAUCGAGGACCGCAUCCUCACACUCCUGUACGAUAAAAACGAGCGCAUACAUCGCGAAUCACCGAAGAAAACUGUCACUUGGGGUACGGUAACUUCGGAAAGUAACCCCACCCGGGAGUCCUCGCGAUACCAUCUUCCUUCCUGGGUUAGGCCUGUUAGAAGACGGAGGACGGUGAACAAUGCGGGAGUCAAGCGACGGACGACGGAUAUAAGCUAUCUGUCUAUAUGAGGCCGGGACGCAGGGGAGCACCAGUUUGAUUACCUAUUAGGUGCUUGGCCAUGGUUCUGCUCGGACGAAAGAAGCAAACUGGAGUGAUUGAUUGCCAUACCGACGGUAUGUUCCGGUUCUUGGGGGAUCGACAUAAUUAAAGCAAAGCGGGAUUUCGACAUCUCG